AUUUGAUUGGGCACACUGUUACUGGAGCUGUCAGUCCACUGCGAGUUUUUUUCACCUCUAGCUAAAUGCCCAGACUUGUAGUGGCUCCGCUUUGUCAGGUGGACAUCAGGAGAGACAGAGCCGUAUCCAUGCACUAAUUAGUUGGAAAAUGAUAAUCUUUAUGAAAGAAAUGGAUUUCCCUCUCAGAAACCAAUGUCAGCGCGUCCAGAACCAGGUGACGAAGGUGAACGCUGAGAAGGAGCGGGUGUCGCUGCGGUGCAUGAAGGCUUUGGCCAGCAGGGGGGGUGUGGACGCCGUGUCCCAGCAGAUGGCCUCUCACCCCCAGUACCUGGAGAGCUUCCUCCGUACCCAGCACUACAUCCUCCACAUGGACGGCCCCCUGCCCCUGCAGUACCGCCACUACAUCGCCAUUAUGGCUGCAGCGCAGCAUCACUGUGGCUACCUGGUGUCUCUGCACUCGGCCCAGUUCCUCAGGGUGGGGGGCGACCCGCUGUGGCUACAGGGGCUGGAGGCCGUUCCCCCUCGCCUGCAACACCUUGACCAACUCAACAAGGUUCUGGCCCACCAACCCUGGCUCACCGCCCGCUCACACAUACAGGCGUUGCUGAAGACGGGGGAGCAGUGCUGGUCUCUGGCUGAGCUGGUUCAGGCUGUGGUGCUGCUGGCCCACUGCCACUCCCUUUCUAGCUUUGUGUUUGGCUCUGGCACUGACGUCGACCCCGACCCCGUCCCCGUCCCCCUCCACAUAGCCCCCAACGGCACCCCCCCGGGCUACUGCCUCUGUGACGCUGCCAACGGCAAUGUCAGCGCACCUCCGCCUCUCACCACACCCUCGGAGCACACCACACGACGACGGUCUCUGGACUCCAGUUGUGAGAUGGUGUGUCUGAAAGAGAGGAUACAGAAAUCCCAGGAGGAGAAAGAGAGGGGGGAGUGCGUCCUACACACCCAGACACUCCAGCACACAGAUGUGGAAGAUGAGGAGGAGAUGAUCUACUCAGCAGACCCCUCUCGUUUCAUAACAGACCCUGAGUUCGGCUACCAGGAGUUUGCCCGCAGGGAGGAAGACCACUUCCAAGUAUUCCGGGUGCAGGACUACUCCUGGGAGGACCACGGCUUCUCCCUGGUCAACCGGCUGUACUCGGACAUCGGGCACCUGCUGGACGACCGUUUCCGCAGCGUCACGACGCUCCCCUCGUCCCAUGGUCCUGACCUGAAGAGAGCCAUCUGGAACUACAUCCACUGUAUGUUGGGAAUUAGGUACGACGAUUAUGACUACGGAGAGGUAAACCAGUUGCUGGAGAGGGAGAUGAAGCUUUAUAUCAAGUCUGUGGCCUGCUACCCUGACGCCACCAAGACCCCGAUGUGUCCCCUGCCCUGGGCACCGCUCAAACCUUCCGAGAGGAUCCAUGUGAACUUGCUUAUAAUGGAGGCUCGGUUACAGGCUGAGCUUCUGUAUGCUCUGAGAGCCAUCACCCAGUACAUGAUAGCUUAGGUCGGUUGGCGGGAGGGAGGCACAAAGUUCAUCACCAACGGUACAGAAAGACCAAGCUAGAAGGCUGCAGGGUGGGAACCCCCUUACAGCAGGCAGGGAUAUGGGGAAGAGACUGGCAAUUCUGAGGAGGAAGCGUUGUGCAACUAUCUGUCCUAUUUCUCAGUUAAAAAUGGGACAAAAAAUAUAAUGCAAUCAUUUAAGAUCUAGUGGAAAACUAUUUUCCAAAGUCAAAACACGCAACGCAAUUCCUCUCUUCCCUUCACUCUGCCUGCUCAUUUUCCACUGUGCAAGGGUGGUCUGUCCACUUCUCAUUUAAUGUGUUUUCCUCUUACAAAAUGUCUCUGCUCUUGAUGGUUAAUGUGCAAUUAUAUUACUAUUAUUACAAUAGAUAUGAAUUAUUUUCAUUUUUAUUCAUGUUUGUCUCAAUUCUGGGAUGAAAGCAGACGGUUGGUUCUGCAUUGUAGCAAAGAGAUACGUACCCAUGGCCAACACAAUAACCCAUUUCUUGGUUUGUGAUUAGUCUUUAGAACUUUACAUUUGUUCUAAACAAAUUGUUUAUCCUUAUUGGAUUGAGUGGAUGUUUUGGAGAUAUUGCCAUAAUUUGUCUUGUUAGUCCCUGCCAGUGUUGGUGUAGGUAGUUGGUGAGGGUGAUGGACAGUUGUUCAUUGUAGCUCUCUUAACAUUUUGCGUUAGUACUGUAAGGUCAAGAACAAAACCAAGACACUGCAAGACGAUAUCACACAACUAUAGUUUAUUUUAAAAGCACUUUAUUUGUGUGUGUGUGUGUGUGUGUAUAUAUGGCGUCUGAUAGAAAGGAUCCUUCUUGGGUCUCUCUGUAGUUAGAUCAGCUGAUCUCCAUUCCUACAGUCACUACAUAGUCCCAGAGCAUUCUUGUGUAGGUGGAGUAGUGCAGGGCUACACAGGGUCCUAACAGAGGCCAUGGCCCCAGACCUGAAGGAGAUCACAAUUCACUUCAGUAUCUUAGAUAAAUCUGAAAUCGCUACAACUAUUUAAAAACGGAUUUUAACUUUAAUAUACACAGGGGUGGCCAAAGUAAUGUUUUGUAGAGUGACGCUCAGCCGUAUGACUGUCAGUUGUUAUAUUGAUGUGCUCUGGCAUAGAUCAAAUGAAGGAAUCUCCAUUUCAAGGAAACUUCAACCAUCCCUAAAACUGCAUUGGUCAGCAGCACUCUGAACUGGAAUAUUGCAACCAAAAAAGUCCCCAAAAGUGACCUGCACUGGGUUUUGAAUUGCUGUUAAACAUACUCUACUAUGCUACAGAAGAUGUAGACUACAGAUCAAAUGUUAUCAGUGGUCUGUGUAUGAUCUUGUGCAUGUGAAAAGUAGGUUUUGUCUUUCAAUUAUUUAUUUGGUGAGCUUUAUGACCUAAAAUAAAGAUGCUGAUGCAUGGUAAAAUUUGCAGAGCAGAACAAUAUGGGUACUAAAAACUAGAUUUUUACCUUAUUGAAUUUUUUUUUUUGACACUUUUUGUAAUAUUUGCAUCACAGUACUAUGAUUGUUGAGCCCUUUGUUCAGUUGCUGGGUUCGCUGCUAUAUCCUGCCUGUUGUGCUGCACCCUGAAUAUUUCAGAGGUAGUGAGGUUGACGACUCUUAAUGGGCUCGACCGUUUUAAAUGACAGAGGGAAAUUAAGAAAGAAGGAAGUGCAUAUCAAUAGAUGCAAAAGAAGCGCUUUCUAGUGCAGGUGCCUUGAGGCCAAACUGGACUGGUGCUUGAGUGGACAGGCUAGUCUACUCUGGGUUGAGUGUGGGCCUCAUUCGAGCAGACUGCCACUCUGGUUCCUCUGGAACAGUGUUCUGUGGCCCAUAUAGAACUCCCUGUGCCAUCACCGCUGGACACAUGGACGGUUACUCUACUUGGAAGUACUUACAGUCCUCAUUGGCUCCUUGUCAACACCUCUAUGACAUCGUUAUGGCUCCAAAUGCAGGAGCGAAAGAGUUUUGUGUUCCUGUCUGUCUGAAGCUUCUGACCACCUGGCCAAGGAACUAAACGAUUGAGCCACUGACACAAAGUUGGAUGUUAGUUGUUCAAUAUUUACCACGUAAAUGAAUGGACAAUAUAAUAAAAUAAAAAUGUCAAAUGUAAGUGGAAAAAAAGCAAAAAAAUAUGUUUUUUGGAAAUGUGAAGACUUAUUUUUUUCUAUAAAGAUGUUCUAUCAAGUGA